AAGGGACCCUAGCAGAAUCAGUUCACAGAAGGAGCUAAGCUUGACCUGAGCGAACCAGAAGAACAGAACCAUGGAGGUUGAAUGCAAGGUCCCAAUGAACGUCAGUGACCACACAGAAGCGGAUCAACCGACGACUAUGAGAGGGAAGCCAAGCUCCAAGUUGACAGCGGUGAUGCUGGCUGUCAUUCUUUGCCUCGCCACAGCCGCUGCCGCACUACUCUUCUUCAACUCACAUGCUAAGCAUCCAGAAGUACAUGAAGACUCAUUCCAUCUCAAACUCAGGCAGAUUGCCAACGUGAGAGCGGCCAUUCAUCUGGGAGGGGAAUUCAACACCUCCCUCAAAGACUCCAUUCAGUGGAUGGCCGAGGUAGACCAGUACCACUCCCAGGGGGGUCUGAAGCUGGACAACAAUGAGAUUGUGAUUCCUCGCAAUGGCCUCUACUUCGUUUACAGCCAAGCGUCCUUCGCGGUCAGCUGCAGCGGCGACUCAACCGCCAACUCCAUGGUCCACCUCAGCCACACCGUGCAGCGCUGGUCCAGCUCGUACGGGACGUCGGACAACAAGGUGUACCGGAACAUUCUGCACUCUGUACGCACGGCGUGCCAGAGGGCAGAAAGCAGUGAGCAGGACGGCAGCGGACAUUGGUACUCCGCUGUGUACAUGGGAGCUGUGUUCAACCUGAGAAGAGGGGACAGGCUGCGGACGGUGAUGGAUAAGAACAUGCUGGAGCAGCUGGAAGACGAUCCGGGGAAAACCUUCUUCGGUGUGUUUGCUUUGUAAGGUUGAGCCUUCAGACCUCACCUCUUUUAAUACUAGCUUGCAUGAGCGAGCCUCCCAGUGAAAGCGGCUAUGGUAGCUGCAGCAAUGAACAAAAGUGUCACACUGGUGUGACAUGAUGUAAUGUUGUGUACUGUGUACUCUCAGUGUCAGUCGGUACCUUUUGAUGUACUGCAACUAUCGAACGAAUGUGCUACUGGUUCUGAUUUCACUACAAGUGGAGAACAGAAAACAUAUUUAUAUAAUUUAUUGCUAUAUUUAUUUGGAAGUAUUUAUUAUUUAUUUAUUUCUUAGUGUGACCUGUGACUGCUGAUUUUUUUAAACAAGUGUUUGAUCAGUGUUUUUAUGAUUCUGUUUUAUUCAGUUGUGGAGAAUUGGACACAAUAGUGUUGUUGGAAUAAAAAGAGUUUGUUCAAAAAUGAUGUUCUUGUGCGUGUUUGAAUUCUGCGUAGACGCAGCUGAUGUGCAGCUGCUGCAGAGCAGGAGCAGGCGGUGCAUGCAAGCAGGAAGCAGACGCGAAAGUCCCGCGGUCGGAGACGCUAACCUCACAGCUCGAUAACCACACUUGUG